AUGGACCUCCAGUGGCUUGUGUUUUUCCCUGGCAAGCCUAGCAAAGACGACUGGCGCCGUGUUGAUGCCUCUGCGCGAAUUGCACGUGCAGCUCUUCAACGUGGCAGCACUUGCCAUUUCAUCUUCGAAGACAGAAUAAGCAUCAGCUUGAGCCCAGCCUUCUUGGGCGAGGGCAGAGCAUGGGAUGGCACGGAAGCUAGCUACCGGCGCUUGUUGGAAGAAAUUGCCAAAGAAAAGAGAGUUCCAGAUGCAAGCUUCAAGCCAAGAAGUCUGCUAGCAGAACUCCUUCGGGAAGUGCUAAAACCUGUGGAUGUUGCUUUGGAUUUCCGUGAAAACGGUGCCUUGGUGAUGGGCCCUUGUCAAGAGGGCUCCAUCCGUCCUGGCAGUGCCUUGUGCGUCAUCGGGGGUGUCAAGGAUCUUCAUGAGGAAGAGACGAAGGUCUUGACUCAGGUCUGCAAGGAGCUGAAAAAGACCAGGCUUUGUGUUAGCCUUGGGUCACAAGCGGAGCUGACGUCGAAGUGCAUGAAGGCGGUCGGGGAGUUGAACAGGCAUACGGCGUUCUCCAAUGCUGUCUCUCAUUGGCUUUCAUCCCCGCCUGCGGCACCACUGGACCAGAAUCGGGUCGAUCGACCCCGCUUGCAUCUCAUCGUGAUGCUUCCGCCUGCGACUUCACUCCUCCAGUUUUUCGAGCAGCGGGGGACUGCGACCAUGGUCGUGGAUGCUUUCGUCAACAGCCACGGUGUGUUCAGGAAUACAUGGCUGAGCUUCCUAGCAGCCACAGGGGACGCGCUGACCAUCCAGGGGCCCGGUGGCAAAUGUCUGGCAGAAGCCGACGCAACAACCUUCCUAAAGGAGAAGCUGCGACACACCCAGAGCCCCAAUCGAUCUCUAACGGCCCUUCUCAAGGAGAGCCAGAAAGGUGGUCAACGUGUACUUGUGGCCGAUGAGACGAGGACAUUACUGCAGCGAAUGGACAGAGCUGACAAAAUAGAGGACCCUGUGGCUGUGGUUUUCCCCAGCAGAGAAAGCGACGCGCACGCUGCGAUUGAGGCGUGUGUCAACGCAGGCGUCCUCUACUACGGUUGUGCUGCGGUUGGUGGUGUGGAAGCUGGCAUCGCCUAUGUCAGUGUCUUGCAUAGUGCAGGAAUGCUUGGGCGGUGCUUAGCAAACGCGGUGCCCAGACGUGCACCAAAUCGUGCGACUGCGAAGCCAGCGCAAGCCCUCUGUCCCAGCGUCAGUCUCACCUCUCGGCUGCCUCCAAACCAGCGGCCGAAAGGCAGCGGAAGACCGGCGCCCUGGGCGGCCGCGGCCUGCGCGGGACGGUCGGAGUGGCCAGCAGCACUGACCUGGCCAGAAGAGGCAUCAUCGAGCAGUGCUCAGAGCGAAGCUCGCUCGCAAGGCUGCGAUGCUCUGCCGACGCCAACCACCGACCCCGGCAACACCGUACUCAGUAUGGAUACAAACGGAGCAGAGCAUCUCGAGCCGAGUGAUGCAGCUCCCUCGAGUGCGGAGCCUGAGGAGAAGCUCGAGAGCCCCCAGCCAUCAGACUGA